CGAUCGAGAUCCUUCGCGCCGCCACUCUACGCCGCAGGACAUCUACCGAACAUAACCAAUUCGAACGAAGGAACUCUCUUUAACGAAUCUCGAGUUCGAUCUUUCCUCUACAACCACCAGAAGCCGAAUCGCAUACAACGUACUCUACCAAGGUCACCAUGAGCGACGGAGAGCCUCCAGUCCCCGACACCCGCGUGUUGGCUGUCGCAAGCCAUGUUGUCUCCGGCUACGUAGGCAACAAAAUCGCCGUCUUCUCCAUGCAAUCCCUCGGCUGCGACGUCGCGGCCCUCAACACGGUGCAGUUCAGCAACCAUACCGGCUACCGCCAAUUCACCGGCACGCGCGUGUCCGCUUCGGAAAUCACCGACCUCUACCGCGGUCUGAAGCAGUCUUACCUCGAUGACUUUGACAUGAUGCUGUCCGGGUACGUCCCCGGUGCUCCAGCGCUGGAAGCCGUAGGGGAGAUAGCGAAGGAACUCAAGGAAAAGGCUCAAGCCCGCGGGAAGCCUGGGAGUUUCUUCUGGGUGCUGGAUCCCGUGAUGGGCGAUAACGGGAGUCUGUACGUCGCGCAGGAUGUGGUGCCGGUAUACAAAGGGUUGGUGCAGUAUGCAGACCUGAUACUCCCGAACCAGUUCGAGGCCGAACUCCUCUCAGAAGUCAAAAUAGUCGACAUGCCCUCCCUAACCCGCGCCAUCUCUGUCCUGCACGAGCGCUACGCCAUCCCGCACAUCAUCAUCACUUCCGUCUCUCUUCCCGACGCUACUACCGUCUCCUCCACCAUGCCCAACUCCGUACCCGGCUCUUCGGCACCCACACCAACACCCCAAGAAGAAGGCCAAGGCCAAUCACAACCGCCCCGCACCAAAACCCUCAGCGUAGUCGGCUCAACAAUGACUUCUGCCCGCCAACCGCGCGCCUUCCAGAUUAGUUUCCCCGCCAUUGACUGCUACUUUUCCGGCACGGGCGAUAUGUUUUCCGCGUUGAUGCUCGUGCGCAUGCGGGAGGCGGUGUAUAACACUGAGGGAGACUUGACGGAGCGGGAGAGCUGGUUAAGCGAGGACAAUGUGGACGCGCUGGACUUGCCGCUCGCCAAGGCCGCGGAGAAGGUGUUGGCGAGUAUGCACGAGGUGUUGACGAAGACGGCGGAGGGGAUGAAGGGGAGGGUGCAGAGGGCUAGGGGGUUUGUGGAUGAGCAGCUUCAGAGAGAAAAAGCGAUGGCGAUGACGGAUGGUGUUAAUGGGUGUGGACAUGCGAAUGGCCAUGAGACGGGUCAGGAUGGGCAUGUGGAUAAGAAAGUUAAGCUGGAUUCGACGACGACGACGACGACGACGAAUGGUAAUAGCAAUGGCGUGGAAGAUGGGGAAAAGACGGAAGAGAGGAUAAAAGAAGAAGCAGAACGAAGGAGGAAACAAGUGGAGGAAGCGGAAAAGGAAGAAGAAGUGCAGGCGAGGAAGAGGUUACAUUUGAUGAAGAGCAAGGCGGCCGAGUUGAGGCUGGUCAGACAUCUGGAUAGUUUGAGGCAUCCCAAGGUGGAGUUUAGGGCUAGGAGGAUAGAGUGCUCUUAGUCCUUUUUUUUUUUUUUUAGUUCUGUUUGGGUGUAGGAUUAAUGUCUUUGCGAGAGGGAGAGCGAGGAAUAGAAGGGGUGUGGGAUGACGGGAACAGCAUUGGAUAGCGGGAGUUAUUGUUGAUCUGCUGUUGGUGAGCGAGGCGCUAUUCUGUUCUACUAUA